GGGUGUGGAGACCCGAGGCCUCGGGAAGAUCUGAAAUCUUGUCAAGAAUACUUGAAGUAACUUAGUGGAAAGGUGUUUCAUUCUAGAUGGAUUACAAACCUGCUUUUUAUCGGUUGAGAAUUUGGGGGAUGGGAAGUACCCACAUUAAGUUGCAUAAACUGUCAUUUAGCUGGGGAUUAUUCACUGUCAGAUUCCAAGAUUGGAAAUAAUGGGAGGAAGGCCCUGGUCCAGCUCCUCUUUAUCUUACAGAGUGUGUACUUUUGUCCAGAAUACCUGUGGAGAAGAAACAAUGGAUUCCUUGGAUCACAUGCUGACAGAUCCCCUAGAACUGGGUCCAUGUGGAGAUGGUCAUGGCACUCGGAUUAUGGAGGAUUGCCUUCUGGGUGGCACCAGGGUCAGUCUGCCAGAGGACCUUCUGGAGGAUCCUGAGAUAUUCUUUGAUGUCGUCAGUCUCUCCACGUGGCAGGAAGUACUGAGUGACUCUCAGCGUGAACACCUCCAGCAGUUUCUGCCUCAGUUUCCCACAGACAGUGUGGAACAGCAGAAUGAGCUCAUUCUUGCCCUGUUCAGUGGGGAGAACUUCCGCUUUGGGAACCCUCUGCACAUUGCUCAGAAGCUUUUCCGAGAUGGACACUUUAACCCUGAGGUGGUCAAAUACCGGCAGCUAUGCUUCAAGUCACAGUACAAACGAUAUCUCAACUCGCAACAGCAGUAUUUCCAUCGGCUGCUAAAACAGAUCCUUGCUUCUAGGAGUGAUCUUCUGGAGAUGGCAAGAAGGAGCGGCCCGGCUCUUCCCUUCCGCCACAAGCGCCCUUCACCAUCCCGAAGCCCGGAGGAGCGGGAGUGGCGGACCCAGCAGCGCUACUUGAAGGUCUUGCGGGAAGUGAAGGAGGAGUGUGGUGACACUGCCCUUUCCUCUGAUGAAGAGGCCACGUUGGAUUUACAAGAAAAAUUUUCUUUUGAAGAUCUCAACUCAUGGCUUCCAAGCUCUCCAGCACGUUCUCCUAGUCCUGCGGUGCCCCUGAGGGUGGUGCCCACGCUUUCCACCACGGAUAUGAAAACUGCAGAUAAAAUAGAACUGGGGGACAGUGACCUGAAGAUAAUGUUAAAGAAGCACCAUGAGAAGCGGAAACAUCAACCAGAUCACCCAGACCUUUUGACAGGGGACCUGACCCUCAGUGACAUCAUGACUCGAGUAAAUGCCGGCAGGAAGGGCUCUUUAGCAGCCUUAUAUGACUUGGCUGUCCUUAAAAAAAAGGUGAAAGAAAAAGAGGAAAAGAAAAAGAAGAAAAUAAAGCUGAUUAAAUCUGAGGCAGAGGAUCUGACAGAGCCCCUAAACAAUACUGAAGGGGUGCCACCUCUCUCACAGGCCCCCUCUCCACUGUCAGUAUCUGCUAUCAAGGAAGAGCCCUUGGAAGACCUCAAGCCUUGCCUUGGAAUCAAUGAAAUAUCUUCCAGUUUUUUCUCUAUUCUAUUAGAGAUCUUGCUGCUGGAGAAUCAGGCUAGUCUUCCUAUGCUGGAGGAUCGGGUUUUAGAUUGGCAGUCUUCUCCAGCCAGUUCCCUCAACAGCUGGUUCUCUGCUGCCCCCAACUGGGCUGAGUUGGUGUUGCCUGCUCUGCAGUAUCUUGCUGGAGAAAGCCGAGUGGUUCCUUCCAGUUUCUCACCAUUUGUUGAAUUCAAAGAGAAAACCCAGCAGUGGAAGUUGCUUGGUCAGUCUCAAGACAAUGAAAAGGAAUUGGCUGCACUCUUCCACCUGUGGCUAGAGACCAAAGACCAGGCUUUCUGUAAGCAAGAAAAUGAAGACAGCUCAGAUGCCAUGACACCUGUUCCUCGCGUAAGAACUGACUAUGUAGUGCGGCCCAGCACAGGAGAGGAGAAACGGGUUUUUCAAGAGCAGGAGCGUUACAGGUAUAGCCAACCCCAUAAGGCAUUUACCUUCCGCAUGCAUGGCUUUGAGUCUGUGGUGGGGCCAGUGAAGGGCGUGUUUGAUAAGGAGACCUCCCUCAACAAGGCUCGUGAACAUUCACUGCUGCGCUCUGACCGUCCUGCCUAUGUCACCAUCCUGUCCCUUGUUCGGGAUGCUGCAGCUCGGCUGCCUAAUGGAGAAGGAACUCGGGCAGAGAUCUGUGAACUGCUCAAGGAUUCUCAGUUUCUUGCUCCAGAUGUCACCAGCACUCAGGUGAACACAGUAGUGAGUGGUGCACUGGAUCGGCUUCAUUAUGAAAAAGACCCUUGUGUGAAGUAUGAUGUUGGACGAAAGCUGUGGAUCUACCUGCAUCGUGACCGGAGUGAGGAAGAGUUUGAACGGAUUCACCAAGCUCAAGCAGCAGCAGCGAAAGCCAGAAAAGCCCUUCAGCAAAAACCCAAGCCCCCAUCCAAGGUGAAAUCUAGUAAUAAGGAAAGCUCAAUGAAGGGUCUUAACAGUGGCCCUUCUGAGCAGAGUCAGAUGAGCCUCAGUGACUCCAGCAUGCCACCCACCCCAGUCACACCUGUAACCCCCACAACACCAGCAUUGCCCACCACCCCCAUCUCCCCUCCACCUGUGUCGGCAGUGAACAAAAGUGGCUCUGCCUCCAUCUCAGAGCCAGCUAAGUCUAGCUCAGGUGUUCUUCUGGUGUCCUCACCAACAAUGCCACAGCUAGGAACAAUGCUGUCCCCAGCUUCCAUCCAGACUCCACCCAGUUCUCAGGCCACUGCCCGGGUUGUGAGCCAUUCUGGCUCGACUGGUCUGCCCCAGGUUCGCGUGGUGGCCCAGCCCAGCCUUCCGGCUGUCUCUCAGCAGUCAGCAGGGCCAGCACAAACACUGCCACCGAUGACGGCAGGACCGCAAAUCCGGGUGCCAGUCACUGCCACACAGACCAAAGUAGUACCCCAGGCGGUCAUGGCAACUCUUCCAGUCAAAGGACAGACUACAACAGCCACUGUGCAGCGGCCUGGACCUGGGCAGACAGGGCUUACAGUGACAAGUCUCCCUGCAGCAGUCAGCCCAGUGAGCAAGCCAGUCACAAGUUCUCCUGGGAGCUCUGCUCCUAGUGCCUCCACAACAGCUGUCAUUCAGAAUGUCACAGGACAGAAUAUCAUCAAGCAGGUGUCGAUCACUGGGCAGCUUGGUAUGAAGCCCCAGACAGGCAACAGCAUUCCACUCACAGCCACCAACUUCCGUAUCCAGGGUAAAGAUGUACUGCGUCUGCCACCCUCUUCCAUCACCACAGAUGCCAAGGGCCAGACAGUUUUACGAAUCACGCCGGACAUGAUGGCCACGUUGGCCAAGUCUCAGGUUACCACAGUCAAACUGACUCAGGACCUCUUUGGGACAGGAAGUGGCACUGCAGGCAAAGGCAUCUCUGCUACCUUACAUGUCACUUCUAAUCCUGUCCAUGCAGCUGACAGCCCUGCCAAGGCCCCUUCCACCAGCGGCCCUUCAUCUGCUCCAGCGGGUACCACCGUGGUCAAAGUAACUCCUGAUCUCAAGCCAACAGAUGCCUCGAAUUCAGCUUUUCGCUUGAUGCCAGCUCUGGGAGUGAGUGUGGCAGAUCAGAAGGGAAAGAACACAGUGGCCUCUUCAGAAGCAAAACCAGCUGCCACCAUCCGAAUUGUGCAGGGACUGGGAGUGCUACCUCCUAAAGCAGGCCAGACCAUCACUGUUGCAGCUCAUGCAAAGCAAGGAGGCUCUGUUGUUGGUGGGUCUGGAACUGUCCAUUCUUCAGCGGUAUCCUUGCCCAGUAUGAGUGCUACUGUGUCUAAGACUGUGGCUGUGGCUUCUGGGGCCACAAGUACCCCCAUCAGUAUCGGGGCAGGAGCCCCCACUGUGCGGCAGGUUCCAGUCAGCACAACGGUUGUGUCCACAUCACAGGCUGGGAAGCUGCCUACGAGGAUCACAGUUCCACUGUCUGUGAUUAGCCAGCCAAUGAAGGGCAAGAGUGUGGUCACAGCCCCCAUCAUCAAAGGCAACCUUGGAGCUAACCUCAGUGGACUGGGCCGUAACAUCAUCCUCACGACCAUGCCAGCAGGGACUAAGCUCAUUGCUGGCAAUAAGCCAGUGAGUUUCCUUACUGCCCAGCAGUUGCAGCAGCUUCAGCAGCAAGGUCAGGCCACACAGGUACGCAUCCAGACUGUCCCAGCAUCCCAUCUUCAACAAGGCACAGCUUCAGGUUCCUCCAAAGCCGUCUCCACUGUUGUUGUGACCACAGCUCCAUCUCCUAAACAGGCACCUGAACAACAGUGACUGAGAAUGGUGGCUUCUAUCAGAGACCAGGCCUGGUGUGUCCUGGCCAACAGGAAGGGAACAGGGAGGUUGCAUCAUUUCUCUGAGCUUUCCUGCUUGAGGCAGGCUGGUGGAGGGUGAUUGCACCUGUGGCCUAGCUUCUGCUGCCAUACUCCAUAAUGAAGCCCUGCAAAGGGUCCUCUCCAGGGUUCCAGGGCUGCACUGUAUUAGUCCAGGAAGAGAGAAUGUUAGACUCGUGGGACAUCACAGGUAGUCACACAAGCCAAAGUUACCUCCUGAGAGUAGGAUGCCAGGGAGAAGGCCUUGCAGAGAGGGCAGGCAGUGAGUGAGCCUUAUUCUGAGUGAGGGUUGUACUUUUUAGCUUCUGAUUUUCUCUGUGACUCAUGGUCUGGAUGUGAGUUUUGUGUCCAGAAAAUUUUGUGUAACUUAUUUUUUUAAAGAACUUUCUGUACAUCUUUUAUCAAAAAGAAACCUGGGCUUUAGUGCUCCUAAACUGAUGACUUACU